UAAAUGAUAUUUGCACUCCUGUGUUCAUAGAGCAUUGUUCACAAACGUUAAAUCAUGCAAGCUACCCAAGUACCCAUGGACCAAUGAAUGGAUAAGCAAAAUACGGUGUACGCAUACCAGGGAAUAUUAUUCAGUCCUAAAAAGGAAGGAAAUCUGACCCCUGCUACCACAUAGUCGAGUCUUGAGGACAUCGUUCUAAGUGAAACAGCCAGAUGUGAAAGAACAAAUAUUGUGUGAUUCUACUUCUGUGAAGUACCUAGACUGGUCAAAGUCACAGAGACAGAAAGCUGAAGGGUGAUUUUCAGGGGCUUGGGGAGAAGGGAUAGGAGUCAUUAUUUAAUGGGGACGGAGUUUAAGUUUUGCAAGAUGAAAGAGUUCUGGAGAUUGGUUGCACAAAAUGUGAAUGCACUUAACAUUACUAAACAAUUCCCUGAAAAAGGGUUAAGAUGGCAAAUGUUAUGUCACAUGUAUUUGUAGGGGCCAAGGGCAGGCUGCCCCAAAACUGCCACUUUGGAAUAUUGAUAAUCUUGAAUUCGAAGUUACUUAAGAAACAGCCAGGUCAAGAACACUCUGACCCUCCCUUGUCUCCAGAAAGCAGGAACUCAGUCUCCCAGGUGGAGGGUACACUCCCUGCACAAGAAGCAGAGCCACCCCAGCUCUGAAUUCCAGUGCAUGUCACUCUGCGAGCAAUGACACAAAGCCACCAGGUGGCAGGGUCCCUGGAGCAGAUGUGCGUGGACUGUGAGCCCUCCUGAGAGUCAGGCCACACAUACCAGGAAGGGGGGGAGCAACGGCGAUGACCAUGGUGGUGAUCAUUGCCGCCCCUUUUUCACAGAGGAGGAGAGGGCACGGGGCAUGUAGCUUGCGCAGAAUCAGACGGCUGAUAUGGCGGCAGCUGGGUCUGAACCUGGGUGACGUGGCCUCAAAGGUCAGCUCUGUUCUCCACUUGGCUCAUCAGUGUAGCGGUGGCUGCAUGCCGGACACUGUUCUGGGAAGUUCGGCUUGGUUCUCUUCAAGCAAGCCUUCCAGUAACACUGAAGUGUAUUACAGGUCUUCCCGUUUGGAGAAACCAAGCUGCUGAGAUGGAUGACUCACCCGAGAGGUCCUUUUCCCACCUCUCCGUGGAACUGGUCUCGUGCCCGAUCCCCAGGGCCAAAGGGAUGGAACUGAUGGUUCCCUGUCUUCUUUUCCCCGCAGACCGGAGCCUCCCCAACACCGUCUGGGAUGCUGUGUCAGGGUGUUCGCCGGCUUGGUCAGAAGCUGGUCCGCAGGAGGCCCCUGGAGCCGUGGGAGGGGGCCAAGAGCUCCUUGGCCCGCUGCCUGACCACCCUGGAUCUGGUGGCCCUGGGCGUGGGCAGCACCCUGGGAGCGGGUGUGUACGUCCUGGUUGGCGAGGUGGCCCGGGACAAAGCCGGACCAGCGAUCGUUGUCUGCUUCUUGGUGGCCGCCCUGUCUUCCAUGCUGUCCGGGCUCUGCUACGCGGAGUUUGGGGCCCGCGUGCCUUGCUCCGGCUCCGCGUACCUCUACAGCUAUGUCACCGUGGGGCAGCUGUGCGCCUUCAUCACCGGCUGGAACCUCAUACUCUCCUACGGCCUUGGCGCUGCCAGCGUGGCCAGGGCCUGGAGCUCUGCCUUUGACAGCCUGCUUGGGAACCGCAUCUCAGGGUCGCUGCCGGAGGGCUUCUCUCUGCACGUGCCCCAUGUCCUGGCCAAGUACCCAGACUUCUUCGCGCUGGGCCUGGUGCUGCUGCUUAGCGGACUGCUGGCGCUGGGAGCUAGGGAGUCCGCCCUGGUCACUAAGAUGUUCACGUGCGUGAACCUCCUGGUUCUGGGCUUCGUCAUCGUCUCUGGCUUCAUAAAAGGAGAUCCGCACCACUGGCAGCUCACGGAGCAGGACUACAAAUUGGCCACGCUGGGGUCCAAUGACACGCACAGCCUGGGCCCUCUGGGCUCUGGGGGCUUUGCGCCGUUUGGCUUUGACGGGAUUCUCCGCGGAGCAGCCACGUGUUUCUUCGCCUUUGUUGGUUUUGACGGCAUUGCCACUACAGGGGAGGAGGCCCGACACCCCCGGCGUUCCAUCCCCUGGGGCAUCGUGAUCUCACUCCUCGUCUGCUUCCUGGCCUAUUGCGGUGUCUCCGCGGCUGUCACCCUCCUGAUGCCCUACUACCAGGUCGAUCCCAGCAUCCCCUUGCCGCAGGCCUUUCUCCACGUCGGAUGGGGCCCUGCCAGAUACGCAGUGGCUGUCGGCACCCUCUGUGCUCUGUCAUCCAGCCUCAUGGGUGCCCUGUUCCCAAUGCCGCGGGUCAUCUACGCGAUGGCAGUCGACGGACUCCUUUUCCGGGGACUUGCCCGGACCCACGCCCGCAGGCACACCCCCAUCAUCGCCACCAUCGUUUCUGGCACUCUUGCAGCUUUCAUGGCAUUCCUCUUUGAGCUCAGCGACCUUGUGGACCUCGUGUCAAUAGGGACCCUGCUUGCUUACUCCCUGGUGGCCUUUUCUGUCCUCGUCCUCAGGUACCAGCCAGACCAGAAUGUAAGCAAGGAGCAGAAAACAGUGGUGGAAAUAACUGAGAUAAAGCCUGAAUGUGAAGCAGGUUCUCUGGAGUCCGCACCUGAGGCAGGAAGCUCACAGACUCCACAGAGUUGGGGCAACCCCGCCAGCACCAUGCCUACUCUGAGGUCUGGCCGCAUCGUCUAUGGGUGUGCCUCACUGCUUGCUCUGCUGCUGACGGGCCUGGGUCUGAUUCUGGCCCAGUGGCCGGGCCUGCUGUCCUCUGGGGACCCCAGAUGUGCGACAGUGGUGGGGCUGCUGCUUCUGCUCAUCUCGGGGACCACCGUCGCCAUUUGGAGACAGCCCCAGAACCACACUUCUCUUCACUUCAAGGUCCCUGCCCUACCUGUCCUCCCCGUGCUGAGCAUCUUUGUGAACAUUUAUCUGAUGAUGCAGAUGACCGCUAGGACCUGGGCCCAAUUUGGUGUCUGGAUAGUGAUCGGUGAGUGGCUUUCUGGGGAGAAAGGCCCCCCUGGGACUGAACCCAACCUCUUACCACUACCUUGCCCCAGAUCCCGCACUAGGAGUCCUGUUGAGCAUUUACAAAUGAUGAGAGCGCCUCCUCUUCCAUGUCUCGGUCUCGUUCCCCUACUAGGGUUCGCCAUGUACUUUGGAUAUGGGAUCCGGCACAGCUUGGAGAAGGGUGAUCGACAGCCACCAGCCUCAAGCUCCCAAACUCUCCACAGAAACAUCCCUAGUGGUGAAUUGGUUUAACCAUAGGAAAGAGAGGCCAUGUAGAGUCCCCACACACACUGGAGGGAUCUUCUGCUUCGGCGGAGACUUGGAGCCACUAUGCAGUGUGAAGGACACAUUUAGAACCCUGUAUUUAUUGCCAGUGCCUGUAAUAAUUCUUAAGUAAACUUUUAGAAGCGGAAUAUACACACAGAAAAGUGUGUACUUUUAAGUCUGCUGCAAGAUAAAUUUUUGCAAAGAAAGUAUAACCAUGUAGUAACUAGCAACCAUAGGAAGAAAUAAAAUAUGACCUGGGCAUAAGAGGUGCCUUGUGCCUGCUUCUAGUGAAAACGCAAAGAUUGCUACAUGGGAAGAAAAGGCAGGAUUCAACUACAUAUUGUGUUGUAAAUUGCACUGAAAAUAUUAGGACACACAAAUGGCUGGGGGGAGAUAUGAACAGAAGACACAUCAUGCAAACAGGAACCUAAGGAGGCUGGCACAGCCUUAUUAAUACAAAGUAGACUUUAUGAUAGAAAAUGGUAGCAGAUCAGGAUCAUUUCAUAAUGAUAAAGAGAAGUGAUCAUUUCAAUCUCUCCCUCCCUCAGCGUUACUGAGAUAUAACGGACAUGUAACGUAUAAGUGAUCAUUGUUCUCUACCCGGCUGUCACAGACUCUUUUAGUGUCACACAAGAGGCGACAAGGAAACGUUAAGUGAAAAAAAAAAACCAACCCACACUGCCAGACACAGGGGCUGGGAAUGGGAAGUAAUGGUGUAGUUGAUACUGCUUUGAAAACUAGAGGAGGAUUAACAGAAAAACCACCAUCUUGCAGUCCUAAUGAAAUUACAGGAUUAGGAAACACUGAUGAUGAAGACAGUUGGGCGAAUGUUGAACAGAAAAGGCUGAUGUCGCCUGAUUGUCAUUCUUAUCACACUGUGGGACAACCAGACAUCACGGGCAUCCCCACAUGCUGUAACGGCAGGACAGGACACUACCCACAUAUCCAUGGUGAAAAACGGAAUCAGAAUGCAAUCGAGCCUCCAGAUCAACUGUCAGCUCAUAGACAACAUAAGGGACAGAGCCCCGUAUCAACUGAAAACACAGCCAAAACCAGAAGGGGCAAUGCUCCAGGAAAAAAGAAAUGGUAUUAAUUUUCUGUAAGUGAUAUGACCAAAACUGGAGAGUUAAUAGUUGCAAAUUAAAUGUAACUUACUAGACAGAAGAGUCAGAGGCAGUCAUUUGGACCAACAACCUACCUUGUCUUUUCCAAGACAGAAUUCAUAUCCUAUCACCCAAUUUUUUUGAGUAUGAUAAUGGUAUAUGGUUAAGUUUUUAAAAAUUACGUAAGAUUUUGGAUGUGCUUUAACAUACCUCAGCCAAGGAAGAAAAAGCCGUUUGGAUUUGAUUUAGAACAAACUCAGAGAGCAUUGUGAGAUUUGAAUUACAGGGUACUGAGCUCAUUAUAAAAAUUCAUGACAUAUUCUUAUAUAAAAGUGGUUCCUACAGGUCAGUGUAUGGUGUCUAGUGCCUAUCGGUAAUAUGCUCCUUUGACGUGAAUACUGGACUUAGUCGCGGUGGUCUCAGUGAAGUUCUGCAGGUAACAGCCACUUUGCAGUGGGUGGAGGACUUCACAGUCUUGAGAACACAGAAAGAUGGAGCGGCUACCUACGCAAACGUAGCCGUCAGGAAGCCGGCAUCGGCAGUUUCCCUCCUACAAGUAUUCACUGCUCACAACGUUCCAGGUGUCUCCUGGGGCUGCGAAUGUCCCAUGGACUUGUCCUUGAGCUUUGCCUCAUCCUAAUAACGCGGUGCUCCUUCCAGCACCUCUCCAGAGACGGUCAGCAGUGAAUGUGCCUUCCACCAAGGAGCCCGAGGAGAGGGGAGGGUCUUUGGGGAAGGUGAUGUGUCUAGUGCUGUGAGUGACGUGCCCUUGUAGGUGGGCAGCGGAGACAAAGGCCUGUGCAUUCA